GCACGCCACGUGAAAGUAGGAAGGGGAGGCUAUAGCCGGACCGACGUCGCUUCGUGCGGCUCAGUCGUUCGUGGACCUCGAAGGACGAUAGAGGUCGAAGAGGGCACUUCCUCCUCCUCUCCUUCCUCAGCGGCGCCACCACCAUCUCCUUCCUUCUCGAUACCGUCUUUUCCGCGCCUUCGGCCUUAUCCUCCUUAACCGGUGGCGAACAGAACCACCACGAACACGUCCACAAUAAGAUAAUCGCUUGCAGCCGUCUGCUGCUCUUCGAGAAAGUUGUUCCUCCUUAACGACGUCGUUGAUACUCUCGAUCGUGGGGUAACCGUCCAAACGGAUCGUCGUCGACAGUAACGAAGGAUGUAUCGUCACGUCUGUCUGCUCGCUGGGAUCAUCCUGCUGUGUUGCAUUCAAGACUUCGUGACCGCUGCCUGUCCAAGAAUAUGUCCGCCGAGCGGAGAGCCGGUCUGCGGUAGCGAUGGGGUGAUCUACGCGUCCCAGUGUGAAAUGCGGAAGAAGAUGUGUGGAAAGGGGGUAACCGUGUCCACGGAGAAGACCGCCUGCCUAAGGUCAUCAGGUAGCAAGUGCGAGCAUCGUUGUCCAGGAGAUCAGGAUCCUGUAUGCGGUACCGAUGGCCGCACGUAUCUGAACAAGUGCAUGUUAAGGGUCGAGAUCUGCAGGGUCGGCAUCGAGUUGUCUCACUUGGGUCCCUGCAAUAACAUCUCCGCCCACAGGGAGAAUUGCCCGGUGUCUUGUGACUUUGCGCCGCUCGAUGGACCCAUCUGUGGAAGCGAUGGAAACGUUUACAAGUCUACUUGCCAAAUGAAGCUGCUCACCUGCGGACAAGGCGUCGUGCGUACGAACAAAAAGCAUUGUCAGACGACGAGACACUGUCGUGAAUCUUGUUGGCGUGGAGCCAAGCCAGCCUGCGGUAGCGACGGCAUCCUCUACUCGAACACCUGCAAAAUGCGAGCUAAGAAUUGCGGCAAGCACGUGUUCGAGGUGCCAAUGUCGUUCUGCGUGUCGCGGGAACGGACAUCCGGUGGUCAAACGAACGCGUGUCCUUUGGACUGUAAAAAUGAACCGGAAGCGCCAACCUGCGGAUCGGACGGAAGUAUAUAUAGGAACGAGUGCGAGAUGCAGAUGUUGAAUUGCGGCCAAGCGAGAAGAAAGGUGACCGUGGUGGAUUUCGAGAAGUGUCGACCACGUUUGACAAAGUGUAUGAAACAACAGCAAAGAUGCGGGAACGAUAUAGAUCCAGUAUGUGGAAGCGACGCUAACACUUAUUCGAAUCAGUGUCAUCUGAACGUGGCAGUGUGCCUAAAGGGCAUUCAAUUGGCUCACGUAGGAGAAUGCACGACCUUGAAAGAGACCGAACAGUGCCCCGAAGAUUGUAACGAGGUACCCGAAGAACCAGUUUGUGGAAGUGACGGCAACGUUUACCGGUCCCUUUGCCAUCUGCGGCGUGAAACAUGCGGUCAGAGGGUGGUUCAAGUUCCAGCACAACAUUGUCGUACCACAGCACUUUGCAACCAGAUCUGCAGCGGGGAACGCCAGUUUGUUUGCGGUUCCGACAACAAGCUUUAUCGUAACGAGUGCGAGAUGAAGAGGGACAAUUGCGGAAAACACGUGUACGUUGUGCCCAUGAAGAGAUGCGUCCAAGGCUUCUUGUUCCGUGGCUGCCAAAAGAUCUGCCCGCCCUAUUAUGAUCCGGUUUGUGGUACCGACGGCAUGACCUACAGCAACGAAUGUUUCCUGGAAAUCGAGAACUGCCGCAGUCGAAGUCUAGUUACAAAGAAGUAUCAUGGAGUAUGCGGCCAACCAACGGAGGAGCCUAAGAAUUAUUUAUAUUAAGCAGAAUGAACGAGUUUUAUCUUUCUCGAGAAAAAAAAGAAUACUCUUUCGAAAAGUUCGAUGAAUAUUUCAAAACGACUCGAAUUCAGUCGAGUCGGCUGAUAUUCUUGUAAGAUACUCCUUGGCGACGAUCGAACAAAAAUUGAUCGAUGAAAAUGAUUGAUUUCUAGGGUUCGAUCUAAGGUUCAACAUUUUUGUGAAUCUCUAUGGAAAUUUAAUGCUACGUGUCUUUCUAAGAGAUAAGGAAACGAGUAUCUCGUUAGUUUGCGCGUAUAGGGAAUUUUUUAUUAUUUCCAUAAUCGAUAGAGGUUGUCGAAUCAUUCACGAAUUCAUGCAUGGAUCGUUCGUUCGAUUAUGGAUCUUCAAUUGGACCAAGUGUGUAGUCUAUAGACAGGGGACAAUUUUCGCAAAAGCGACUGUCCACGAAUUACCGAAUCUUUAUAUUUAUUUCGCGUUUUUCCACUUCAACCGAAAUCAUUCAACGCGAUUUUAUGAACUUGUUGCGAUACGAAUUCGUGACAUUUAUUAGGGGAACUCCCCAAGGGUCCUCCUCGUAAUAACAUGAUCCAUGAACGUGUAGAUCAAAGGAGGAUACUUGGGGAGUUCUUCUUGGUAGAUCGAUCGUGCAUUCGUGUAAAGCUCAUUCGAUAUUACAUACUAGCCGGUAAAAUCAUUCUUAUUUAUUGUAGUAUUAAUUAUCGUAUCGUUCUUGCAUCAUUCUGUUUAUCGCUAUAGCUACUACGGUAACAAAAUAGUUCCAGAACGUACCCUACUUCUAAUUCUAAGGAAAUAUUUAGCUAUUGUGUAUCUCUUAUCUGACGUGUGAUGUGUGUUCAUAUUCUGAUUAUCAUCGUAUCCUUUAUUUAUUAUAAAAGAACAUAUGCGACAAUCCUUUCUUUGUAUCGACACUAACAUACAUGCUUCCAAUGUUAAUAAUAAACUAUAUACGUA